AUGGGGGGUUUUAAUUCAGUUUUAUCCCCUUCUGAUCGCUUACAUUACCAUGGUAAUGGAUCUGAAAUGGUUCCUUUUCAAAGUUGUGUGGAGCAGUGCGGUUUAGUAGAUGUGAAGUUUUCAGGGAAUUUUUUUACUUGGAAUAACAAGCAAGAAGGUUUUUCUCGAGUUUAUGCAAAGCUUGACAGAGUAAUGGUUAAUGAUCAAUGGCUGGAGAAGUUUCCUAAUGAUGAGGCUAUUUUCUUUCCAAAAGGGGAUUUUGAUCAUAGCCCGUGUUUGGUGAUUUUCUCUUCAGAGUUUGAGACCCGAAAACCUUUCAGAUAUUUCAAUUUCUGGAGUAGUUAUACAGAUUUUUUUGAUAAGCUGUCUGUGAGUUGGAAUGAGGAAGUUACAGGGACUCUUAUGUACUGUUUAAUUAACAAGUUAAAAAAGCUUAGGGGAGUUUUAGCUAAGAUAAAUAAGGACGGAAAGGGAGAUGUUUUUGUUCAGGAUGCUAAGAAAUAUCACAAGCUGAUGGAGAUUCAAGGAAAAAUAAAAGAAACCCCUGGAAAUACCCAGUUGAUGAAUGAGGAAAUUAGUUGUAGAGUUGAGUACCAACAUGCUCAUCAGAAUAUGAUUCAAUUUUUAAAACAGAAGGUGAAGAUGGAGUGGUUAAAUCAAGGAGAUGAAAAUACAAAAGUUUUUCAUAGGUGUAUCAGAACUAGGAGGAUUCAGAAUUCUCUGCAUUCUAUAUGGGAUAUGAAGGGCCAGUGGUUUGAUACACAAGAAGGAGUGACUCAGGCUUUCCAAGAUUAUUAUACUGAGUUGUUGGGUUCUGUUUCAGUUGGGAGGAAAUCAGUCUUAGACAAGGUGGUGCAAGCAAGGAAGUUAGUUUCUGUGCAACAGGCAAAGUUUUUACUGAAGAUGUACACCAAAGAUGAAGUGAAAGAAGCUCUAUUUUCCAUUCCUGAUGAGAAGGCACCAGGUCCUGAUGGCUGCCCAAAGAAUGGCAGUGAUUAUAGACCAAUUGCUUGUUGCAAUGUGGUUUAUAAAAUUGCUACCAAACUUAUCUGUUCAAGACUUAGAGAGAUUUUACCUUCAAUUAUCUCUGAAAAUCAAAGUGGGUUUGUUCAAGGCAGAAAUAUAGCACAGAAUAUCAUGAUAUGCCAAGACUUGGCGAGGGGUUAUGGGAGGAAAAGUACUAGCGCAUCUUGUAUGAUUAAAAUUGAUCUUCAGAAAGCUUAUGACACCUUGGAUUGGAAUUUUUUGCAAGAAAUGAUGAUGGCUCUUAAAUUUCCUUCUAAGUUUAUCAAGUUGGUGAUGGUUUGUGUUACCACUCCAAGAUUUUCUUUCAUGAUUAAUGGGGCUCAAAUCAGAUGCUUGAAGUCUAGGAGAGGUUUAAGGCAAGGGGAUCCUUUGUCCCAUUUGCUGUUUGUUAUUGGUAUGGAGUAUCUGUCAAGGAUAAUGGUUUCAGUUGCGCAUCAUAAUGAUUUCAAUUUUCAUCCAAGGUGUGAAUAUUUGAAACUCAAUCAUCUUUGUUUUGCAGAUGACUUGCUUCUGUUUAGCAAAGGAACCUUUAAAGCUAUUCAUAUUUUACUCAGAGGUUUCCAACUAUUUACUGAUACUUCUGGUUUGAAAGCUAACAGAUCAAAGUCAGCCAUUUUUUGUGUUGGGUUGAAUGAUGGGGACUGGAAUAGGAUUACUGAUAUGAUAGGGUUUAGCCGAAGUAAUCUUCCUUUUAAAUAUUUAGGAAUGACCAUAAGCAAUACUAGAAUAACUAAAGCUGAUUGUGAAUGUUUGGUUGAGAAAAUGGUUAAAAGGAUUAGGAGUUAG